GAAAUACGUACCUUGUCGUCAUUUGAGGAAAUUUUUAAAAAAUAUACCCGAUAAAUAGCCGGUGAUUUGAUAAACUUGUGUUUUUAUUUUAAGAGCUCGCCCCACUUUAAACCCAGCAAGUGAUGUCAGGCGAGGAAUUUACCUGAGUCACUGUCUUUAUCUCACCUGUGGAAAUAAUAAAGCGAAACGUACGAAAGAGAAUUUAUUAUUCAGAUGUACACCAUCGAAUGAAAGUAUAUUUUAUAUAGUGCUAUGUUUUGUGGGGAGAUCGAAGAAAGCUUGAGGAAAGGAGACUUCUGUUGCUAAAACCAAAUGCCAGGUUUGAUAUGACAAAAUACAAUGCCACAACGAAUUGUUCAGAGAAGGCCUACCAUACCGAUGAGGAAAGAGGAUAGAAAAAGACUGUCUGACAUUGAAAAACUAGUCCGAGCACCAAAGAUGGCUGAUUCUCCUGGAAGUGACGGACGCGCGGGGUAUACACUCCAGCGAUCAGACAGCUACAAAAGAGCAAUCUCAAAAGAAAACCGAAUAUCUGUGUUAUUCGGAUCAGAGAGUGACUUUCAAAAGAAAGAUUACGAUAAAGAAAAAUACAGGACUCUUCCCUCUCAGAUUGGGACUAUUAGAUUGACCAGCCGGACUACUUCCGGUCAUCGGAGGCAUUCGUCAUCGUCACACAUGAUCUAUCGCCAAGAGUCCGGAAUUGUGCCGUCCCCCGACACAGACGAAGAUCAGAGAAGUUCUGGAUCCACCAGAAAAAGAAAGAGUCGUUUUCAACAAGCCAAAGAGCGGAUUUUUCACAGCUUUCAGAAGCAGACGAUCACAGAGGAGGAGAGGCGCCAAAAGAGAAAAGAGAAACAAGAAAAGCAGAAGAAAGUGAAAAUCAGAAAAAAGAAAAUGAAGUCGUCUUCCCUCGAAGUUAUUCAGGAACAUUAUGCCGAGUCUGUCCCCAAAAGUCGGCUUAAACGUAUAUUCUCGUUUCGGAAAUCUCACAAAGUUCACGAUGGUGAAAAGGAUCUCAAAGUUAGUGACACAGUAAACAAAAAGGCUUUCAAAAACAGCGAGGAAAAGCCUAAAGUUCGGGAAUCUGUUCAAGGACCGACUCCAAGUCACUCUCAUGAUAAUGAUGAUGGACACAUGAAACCGGUGGAUGCAGUGUUUAAGUCUCUGAUUUUUGGUGAAAUUUCAAAUGGCUCUACUGUAAAAAGUGAAAAGAACGCAUACUCACAUACACAUGGACAACGCAAGGCUGGUGAUAGGAACAAUCUCUCUUUGGACUUAACACAAACAAGAGGGAGGAGGGUAGUGCGAAGGUACUCAUCCAAAAAAGAUGAAAAAGUUACGACCGUAAAUGGAUGGUCUCAUCACACACAAUACGUCCGCCAGGUGUCAGUGUACAGCGACAUUGAGAUUGAUGGCCAUGGAGACGAAAUUGACUCCCCGAAAACGACAGACAAACACAAAAAAGAUGAUCGUCCGUUUGAAGAACUACCAGCGGAGGAGCGAGAACACAGAAUUUCCGAGGUUGCGGACCGACUUAAGUUUAUUGGGGACAAAGCCGUGGAGAGGUAUAACACCGAGAGUUCGUCAUCAGGAGUGGAAUCACCCCACGGGGAGGCCGGGGGUCACAGCGCACGCGGAAAUGAUCAAAUAGUUGAACAGCUUAUUGCAGAAUUUCGCAGAGAAGGAGACCGACUCUCUCAAGAUUACAACCUUGGUUCACUCACCCCUGUUGUGCUGGACAUUGCCAGGCAACACACCUACACACAGUUCAAAAAGGUCAUCCAUUCGUCCUUGCACAGCACCAUUGGAUGGGAUCAGAUUGCGCUCUAUUUUUAUCUGACCAGGACAGCUGUUCACGUGGCUAAGGGAAGUGUCGGUCUUGCUCAGAUGGCAUACGACUACUUCCGGGAGACAUACUCCGGCUGGGUAGAGGACCGAGGAGGAUGGGAAACGAUGUUGGAAGAAACAGACUGCGAACUAGAUUAGUUUCUUUCUCAAUUGAAAAAAAAAGUUCGCCAUCGCAACAGACUGUAAUGUGAUAUGGACGAAUAGCGACAUUCCGUCCGUUAAGGACUUGUGAAAUCCAUUUACCUGUCAUAUUUUUGUCAUUGAUCUCAUUAUUUUAAUUUUAUGGGUAAAUCCAUUACAUGAAAGUGCCAAAAGUCGAUCAUGUGAUGGUUAAAACGAGUCACAUGACCUGCUUUAGAGGGAAAUAUGUUGUAUCCUGGUGCAAUAUUUUAUAUUUUGUUUGUUUUCAUUGUGUUCUUCUUUAUAAUAAAAUUGCUAAAAUAAUUCA